CAUCAACCACGCGUGUCGCUGUGGUGCCCUGCGCGUCAUCUCGCUGCGCCGCCACACACCCGCCCUCCACCGCCUCGCCCUGCGCCUGCACACCGCUCUCUCUGCCUCCCGCAUCGCGCCCCACCGCACUGCACGCCCGCCCCAGGAGCACCCGAUGGCAGGGCGCGCAGCAGCGGCAGCGGGCGUGCUGGCAGCGCUGGGAGCAGCGGCACCGGCGCGGUGGGAUGAGGACGUGGCGGAUAUCGAAUCACUCUCUAACGAGCAUGACCUGGAGGGGUUCCGCGGGGGAUUUGAGGGGGAGGGGUGGGUGGUUGGGGGUGGGGGGGGCGGAGGGCAGGGGGCGGACAUGAAGAAUGGGGAGGCGGAGGAAGCAGGAGGAGGGCGUACUGUGGGAGGAAUGGGUGCGGUCAUUGAGAGCGGUGGCGAGGGGUUCAGGGAGGGCGAGGAAGCACAGUGUGGUGGCAGUGACUGUGGUGUGAGAGAUGGAGGUGGUGAGAUGCCAUGGGGCAGGCGUGCGUGCCAUGAUGGCCAGCAACUCAGUGAGCAGCACAGCCGUGCCGCCUGCCCUGCACCACCCUGCUUGCCACCGCCCCACGUGCCUCUGCCACACCCUAGCCAAGCGUGCAAGAUGCAGCAGGGUGAAGACAUGCGUGGUGAGGGGGAGCAGGUGGCAGCGGUACAGGUCACACAAGGGACCGCCGUGUGUGCUCACCAUGCACGCCCAGCAGCUCACGGUGUUGUGAGGGCAGCAGAGGGGCGGGCAUGGGAGCAGCGCGGCCAGCGCCCCCCACAAGGGGGCGUGCUGCCUGCCCACCCCGGCCCUCCCCUCUCCCGCUCCCCCGCACGCCCAUCCCAUGGCACCGGGGGGGGCAUGCGGUGCGAUUCACAGCAGUGCAGCGCGGCACAGGCACGUGAACGCGAAUGCGGGCGCGGAGGAGAAGGUGUGCAGCGAGGGCAGCGCGGCCACAUGACAGCGCUGGACGUGCUGCUGCUGCCCGCGCCACCCCCCUCGCUUGCUCCCCCGCCUGCCGCCUCUCUGCUUCACCUCCCCCACCCGCCUUGCUUGCUUCCCCGCCUGCUGCCUCCGCGCCUGCCCCCCACCACCCCCACCUGCACGCCCCGCGCCCUGCUUCCUCCCAGCGCUUCCCGCGCCGCUGUGCUGGCUGAGCGCCGCUCUGCCGUGGCCGCUGAUGGCCGUGUGGACGGGCCGUGGGAUGGGGGGGGAGGCGGAGUGGGGAGUGGGGGAGAGGGAGAAGGAAAAGGAGUGCAUAGGGCGGUGGUGGGAGGGGGAGAAAGAGAGGCAGCGAGUAGUGUGGGCAAGGUGGGCGGGUGUGGUGGGGGGCGGUGGCAGCAGCUGGUAGGGCCGGCGAGGGUGGAGGGGCGCGAGCACGGUGGGGGGGAAGAGGAGGAGGGGCAGAGCGAGGCAGACGAGGGAAGGGUUGUUGAGCAGCGGCAGGGAGGGCGGGCGACGGGGGAGGAGGAGGGUUGGAUGGCGAUCAUGAGGGAGGAUGGGAAGGGGAAGGAUGGAGGGGGGGAAGGUACAGUGGGUGAGCAGAUGGCGUGCAGUGGCCGGCAAAGCGUGGGUGAAGAGAGGUGCUGGGAGGGAGGAAGCGGUGAAGAGCGGUGCUGUGGGGAGAUGGGAUUGGGAUGCAGCAGCAGCGGGGGGCGGAGUGGGUGUGAUGGGAGACAGGUGGGGAGCAGCGAUGGGGCAGCGCUGGCAGGGGUGGUGGAUGGGGGCGAUGCCAUGGUGCCGUCAGCAGGGAGGCGAUUAGAGAAAGACAUGGCGAUGUGUGUGAGACGGCGGACGGGGAAGGGCGCUGGGGACGAGUGGAGGGCGAGGGGGAAGGAGGGGAGGGAGGAGGGGAGGGAAGAGGGGAGGGAGGACAGGAGGAGAUUGGAAUGA